CCGGUUUUUCAUGUUGAAGGAUUUUGACCAAACUUCAUAUCAAUUUCGCAUGAGACAAGUGUUGGGUUUUUCUUUGUUUUUGACCCAUGAGGAAAGCCCAAGUUUUGAGCCCAUUAAAAGUCUUCUUUGACUUUCUUUUUGGGAGUUAAUAAUAGAAUAUGGGUUAGCUACUAUCUCAAUACAUGAGGAGAGAAAGAGAGCAGCAGAAAAGAGAGCAUAAGUCGUAAACAUGAGCUGAGUGUGCUCAUCCCGUUUUUCCAGCAGGCAGCAGCAGAAAACUUCCGUUUCCCGGAGAUUGAACCGUUGGAUCGUCGUGAAUUUUGGACAGCAGCUUCACAGCAUCUGAGCCAACAUUCUGGACGGUGGAGAUCGGGUUUUGAGGUCCGGAGGUCGGGUUUCGUUGCUCUGGACAGUAGCUAUUUUUCUGGUGAUAUAUUUCUUAUCUUGGCUCUAUUUUGAUUCCAUACACCUUGAUGUGCUUACUUCCAAGGAUAUGAUGACUUUGUAUGCCUCUAGUAUUAUCUAGAGAAGACUUUGUACUGCUCCUUUGAUGAUGAUAGUGGAUUUAAGCGGCCAAAAUGGUCCCGUGGUUUUUCCCUAGUUAACGGGUUUUCCACGCUAAAAUUCCGGUGUUUGUGUGUGGUGUGUGCUUACUGUUUUAGCUGAAUAUAUUGGUGUGUGGCAGCAAUAUUGUGUGUUCUAAUUGUAUUAAGAACACCCUAUUUGUUUGCAUCCUCAAAGGUUCAUUCAAGUUGGGGAAAGUUUAGCCAAACGGAGAUUAAUUCCGCAUUUUAUUAGUUCCGUUUGUGGCUGUUUUUCCCAUCAAAUUGGUAUCAGAGCCGAGUUCUUCUGUAUCGAGUUAAACUUGUUUGAAUGAUGGAAGCAAACACAAGUAGGAUGAUCAAUUUGAAUGGUUCUAAUUAUCAUGUUUGGAAAGGCAAAAUGGAAGACCUACUUUAUGUGAAGGAUUAUUAUUUGCCUGUGUUUACUACUGAUAAACCUGAGAGUAAAACAGAUGCAGAGUGGAAUAUUUUGCAUAGACAGGUUUGUGGGUAUAUUCGCCAAUGGGUUGAUGAUAAUGUUUUGAACCAUAUUAGCGGGGAAACUCAUGCUCGCAGUUUGUGGAACAAGCUUGAACAGUUGUAUGCUCGAAAGACCGGGAACAAUAAAUUGUUCUUAAUAAAACAGAUGAUGAGCUUGAAAUACCAUGAUGGAACUCCUGUUACUGAUCAUUUGAAUUCUUUUCAGGGAAUCAUAAAUCAACUUGCAGGAAUGGGUAUCAAGUUUGAAGAUGAGAUACAAGGCUUGUGGCUCCUUGGCACUUUACCGGACUCAUGGGAGACUUUUAGGACAUCAUUGUCCAACUCUGCACCAGAUGGUAUUAUCACCAUGGAAUUAGCUAAAGGCAGUGUUUUAAAUGAAGAGAUGAGAAGAAAGUCACAAGGUUCCUCUUCACAUUCUGAUGUCUUAGUUACAGAAAGCAGGGGGAGAAGUCAGAGUAGAGGUCCAGGUAACAAAGGAAAGCAUCGAAGUAAAUCCAAAGGAAAGUUUGCUGAUUUUGAGUGCUAUCAUUGUGGUAGAAAAGGCCACACAAUACGGUUCUGCAGGCAAUUGAAAAAGGAGAAGAAGAAGAGCGAUUACAACAAUCAAAAGAACCAUAAGAAAGAUGAGGGUGGUAAUGGCAAUGUUGAAGUUAACACUACUAUCGAUGAGUUCCUUAUUUGUUCUGAUCUUGAUAUGGUCAACAUUACACAUGAUGAUUCCAGUUGGGUUGUUGAUAGUGGUGCUACGUGUCAUGUAACAUCACAGAGGGAUUUUUAUUCAUCUUACACUCCAGGUAACUUUGGUAAUGUUAGGAUGGGUAAUAAUGGACUAUCAAAGAUUGCAGGCAUCAGAGAUAUUUGUUUGAAGUUUGACACUGGGAUAGAGUUGGUUUUACAUAAUGUAAAACAUGUUCCAGAUAUGAGACUUAAUUUGAUCUCCGCAGGCUUACUUGAUGAUGAUGGUUACAGCAACAACUUUGGUAAUGGAAUAUGGAAACUCACUCGUGGUUCUUUGAUCGUGGCUAGAGGUAAAAGAUGCUCAAAGUUGUACAUGACACAUCCGAAGAUCUUCAAGGAUAGGGUCAAUGCUGUGGUGAAUACUGACAUGACUGAUUUAUGGCAUAAGAGACUUGGUCACAUGAGUGAAAAGGGGAUGUCUCUUUUGUUGAAGAGAAAUGUGUUACCGGGUGUGCAUGAUAUUCAUUUAAAGAAGUGUUCGCACUGUUUGGCAGGUAAACAGAACAGAGUUUCCUUUAAGAGCCAUCCUCCUUCCAGGAAGGAGAGUAUACUUGAUCUGGUGCAUUCUGAUGUUUGUGGUCCUAUGAAGACUAGGACACUUGGUGGUUGCUCCUACUUUGUCACAUUCAUUGAUGAUCACUCCAGAAAGGUUUGGGUUUAUACCUUGAAAUCUAAAGAUCAAGUAUUUGAGGUGUUUAAGCAGUUUCAUGCCUCGGUUGAGAGACAGACUGGAAAGAAGCUCAAAUGUAUUCGGACAGAUAAUGGAGGGGAAUACAUUGGCCCCUUUGAUGCUUAUUGUAGAGACCAUGGUAUUCGACAUCAAAAGAGUCCUCCCAAGACACCGCAGUUGAACGGAUUUGCAGAGCGGAUGAACAGAACUUUGAUGGAGCGUGUCAGAUGUUUGUUGUCACAUGCGGGCUGCCAAAUUCAUUCUGGGGAGAAGCUUUGAAUACAACGGUACAUGUUAUUAAUCUAACUCCUUGUGUUCCUUUGUCUUUUGAUGUGCCUGACAGGGUUUGGAGUGGCAAAGAUGUCUCUUACCGUCAUUUGAGGGUCUUUGGAUGCAAAGCUUUUGUGCACAUUCCUAAAGAUGAAAGAUCAAAGCUUGAUGUGAAGUCCAAACCAUGUGUUUUCUUGGGUUAUGGCCAAGAUGAGUUUGGUUACAGAUUAUAUGAUCCAGUCCACAAGAAACUUAUUCGAAGCCGAGAUGUUGUGUUUGUGGAAGAUCAAACCUUGAAAGAUGCUGAGAAGAAAGAUACAGUUCCUCAACAUAAUGAUGAUGUUACUGAUUUGGAUCCAGUGCCUCCUCAGCAUGUAGAACCACCUCUUGAUAAUGAUGUUCAGAAUGAUGAACAACAUGAUACUGAUGUUCCAGAACAGCCAGAGGUGGAUGAAGAAUUUCAUUCAGAGAUACCAGUACCAGACGUGUCACCAUUUGUCCCACUUAGGCGGUGUACAAGAGAUCGUCAUCCUUCCACCCGUUUUUCAGCUAAUGAGUAUGUCUUACUCACUGAUGGGGGAGAGCCUGAGUGUUAUGCAGAGACCAUGGAAGAUGAGCACAAAAGGGAGUGGGUUGAAGCCAUGCAAGAUGAGAUGAAUUCCUUACAUGAGAAUAAUACAUUUGAGUUGGUGAAGUUGCCUAAAGGCAAGAGAGCUUUGAAGAACAAGUGGGUCUACAAAGUGAAGACUGAAGAGCACACCUCACAACCUAGGUACAAGGCUAGAUUGGUGGUCAAAGGGUUCAGUCAGAGAAAGGGUAUUGAUUUUGAUGAGAUUUUCUCUCCGCUCGUGAAGAUGGGAUCUAUUCGUGUUGUUCUGGGUUUGGCAGCCAGCCUUGAUCUUGAGGUUGAACAGAUGGAUGUCAAAACAGCUUUCCUUCACGGUGACUUGGAUAAAGAAAUCUACAUGGAGCAACCUGAAGGGUUUCAGGUUAAGGGAAAAGAAGGUUAUGUGUGUAGACUUCAAAAGAGUCUUUAUGGGUUGAAGCAAGCACCAAGACAGUGGUACAAGAAGUUUGAGUCAGUUAUGGGGGAGCAAAAUUACCGAAAGACUACUUCAGACCAUUGUGUUUUCUUCCAGAGGUUCGAUGAUGAUGAUUUCAUUAUUUUAUUGUUAUAUGUUGAUGACAUGUUAAUUGUUGGCAAGAAUGCAGAAAGAAUUACUCAGCUGAAGAUGCAAUUGAGCAAGUCUUUUGCUAUGAAAGACUUGGGGCCAGCAAAACAGAUUCUUGGCAUUCGGAUCACUCGAGAUAGAGCUUUGAAGAAGUUACACAUGUCACAGGAGCAAUACAUUGAGAAGGUGCUUCGCAGAUUCAACAUGGACAAAGCUAAAGAGGUUAGUUCACCUCUUACUACCAACUUCAGGUUGACAGAUAAAGAUUGUCCAUCUUCUGAGAAGAAGAUUGAAGAGAUGGAUAGAGUUCCUUAUGCCUCAGCUGUAGGGAGUUUGAUGUAUGCUAUGGUGUGCACACGGCCUGAUAUUGCCCAUGCAGUAGGUGUUGUUAGUCGUUUUCUGUCAAAUCCAGGUAAGAAGCAUUGGGAAGCAGUGAAGUGGAUUCUCAGAUAUCUACGUGGUACUUCCAAAUUGGGUAUAACAUUUGGAAAUGGGGAGCCAGUACUUGUUGGUUAUACUGAUUCUGAUAUGGCAGGAAAUAAGGACAACAUGAAAUCCACUUCUGGAUAUUUGAUGACUUUUGCAGGGGGAGCUGUGUCAUGGCAAUCGAGACUGCAAAAGUGUGUGGUUUUAUCCACCACCGAGGCUGAGUAUGUGGCUGCAACAGAAGCUUGUAAGGAGCUAUUAUGGCUCAAAAGAUUUAUGCAAGAGAUUGGCUUUAUUCAACAUCGCUAUGUGGUUCUUUGUGAUAAUCAAAGUACCAUUCACCUUGCUAAAAAUUCUAUGUUUCACAAACGAACCAAACAUAUUGAUGUGAGGUAUCAUUGGAUUAGAGAUGCACUUGAAGACAAACUGUUUGAACUUGAUAAAGUUCAUACCGAUGAUAAUGGUGCCGAUAUGUUGACGAAGGUUCUAGCAAGGGAAAAGUUGAAGGUAUGUUGCUCCAUCGCCGGUAUGGCGAACUCUUCCUCAUAAGUCAAAAAGGGGGAGAUUUGUUGGGUUUUUCUUUGUUUUUGACCCAUGAGGAAAGCCCAAGUUUUGAGCCCAUUAAAAGUCUUCUUUGACUUUCUUUUUGGGAGCUAAUAAUAGAAUAUGGGUUAGCUACUAUCUCAAUACACGAGGACAGAAAGAGAGCAGCAGAAAAGAGAGCAUAAGUCGUAAACAUGAGCUGAGUGUGCUCAUCCCGUUUUUCCAGCAGGCAGCAGCAGAAAACUUCCGUUUCCCGGAGAUUGAACCGUUGGAUCGUCGUGAAUUUUGGACAGCAGCUUCACAGCAUCUGAGCCAACAUUCUGGACGGUGGAGAUCGGGUUUUGAGGUCCGGAGGUCGGGUUUCGUUGCUCUGGACAGUAGCUAUUUUUCUGGUGAUAUAUUUCUUAUCUUGGCUCUAUUUUGAUUCCAUACACCUUGAUGUGCUUACUUCCAAGGAUAUGAUGACUUUGUAUGCCUCUAGUAUUAUCUAGAGAAGACUUUGUACUGCUCCUUUGAUGAUGAUAGUGGAUUUAAGCGGCCAAAAUGGUCCCGUGGUUUUUCCCUAGUUAACGGGUUUUCCACGCUAAAAUUCCGGUGUUUGUGUGUGGUGUGUGCUUACUGUUUUAGCUGAAUAUAUUGGUGUGUGGCAGCAAUAUUGUGUGUUCUAAUUGUAUUAAGAACACCCUAUUUGUUUGCAUCCUCAAAGGUUCAUUCAAGUUGGGGAAAGUUUAGCCAAACGGAGAUUAAUUUCGCAUUUUAUUAGUUCCGUUUGUGGCUGUUUUUCCCAUCAACAAGGAGGAUUAGAUUAAAUAAGAUGACAUGAUAAAAAAUGGGAGGAAAUUAUCAUGAAUCCAAAUACUCUAGCACUGCUUACGAUGUAUAUGUGAGUGACGAGAUGCGAAAUACAUGCCUGAGAAGGGGAGAUGUGAGGAAAUACAUUGAGGAGAGAGAUAUUUGAUGGAAGACAAAUGGGGGAUACACAUGGAUCUCAAACCUUAGAAUGAUGUGGUGUUUUUAGGGAUGGCCGA